AUGCCGUCGUCGUUUCUACGUCGGCAUGUACGUGGUCUUCUUCGGGGUAAAUUCAGCCCAUCGCCUAGUUUAGACGACGCGCCCGAAGUUGAGUAUGAGCCACCGACCCCGUCGAACGAGCAACAGUCUUUCCUAUCUCAAUGCCAUUUGGCGGGUAUAGAUGGUCGUCGAUUAGACUUUCCCGAGGUGUAUUUUGGUAAAACGGGCCUCGACAUACCGUGUAUACAGCUUGAAAGCUUCGACACGGAUAUUUUCGCAAGCUAUACCGGCCCCGAUGGAGGAUUGACACAGGUCGGUGAGAUGCGUCGUCAGCCGUUGGUUCGUAUGGCAAAUUUGGAUGACGAGAUGAGUUUAUCCACGGAUGGCAUAAGUUUAUCGGAUGAAAGCGAGGAAGACGAAGAGGACGUUGAUCAACCAAUUUCGGCUCCAUUGCGACGGGAAAAGGACAGAAGUGAAGUUCUCUUGGGUUCAUGUUCAUCGUUAAUAGGCCCGAAUGGUCACGAAGAUACGCCGAGCAGCAAAGGUGCAGUGCGUUCGCUGUUGACGUCGUUUGGAUUCCAUCCUCAUGACGGGAUAGGAUCGCUGUCUCACAAAUCAAUCAACUAUUCAAUUAUUCCGAUGUCGGCUGCUCAGCUCAUUGAUUGGACAGAAUGA